GAAGGUGUGAAGUGAGAAAAGGAAUUUGAAAAUGAAAUAAAUUAAGAAAAUAAAAUCUCGAUGCCCAGAUUUACACUCUCCUAUAGAGAUGACCAGGUUGUGCUGUUUGGACUUCACAUGAGCUGCUUAUGCUUGAUAAUGUAGACAGGUGAUUUUUAUUUAUUUAUUUAUUUAUUUAUUAUUGGUCCAUCAAAGCAUAAAGAACGGCAUAAUUUAAAACAUAUUUGGGUCCUACUUAUAUGAUAGUUUUGGGUCAAUGAUCAACCAAUGGCUAUGCUUAAAAAUAUUAUGUAACAGAAGAAACGGUUGACUUUUAUAUCUUGUGUGUCUGUUGUGAUGAACAUUCAAGCGCUUAAGUUUGUAGAAAUUUUUUUUUUUUAUUUCAGGGCUUAUCAAAGAUUAAAUUUGUGAAUUUAAUAUGUAUGAGCUUGAUAAUAAACGUAUUCAGUCAAAGUUUCAAAGGGUUGAAUAACUAAGUGGAUCAAUUAAGGCAUGUAAUUAAUUGUUCUAUAAGGCUGUAUUAGCUUUACAUUGUUUCACACUUAAAUUUAAAGGGAGAUGAUCACUAAACAUGGUAUAGUUCUUAUCUGGUUUCUUGGGUCUUUGAUCAUUACUUGUGUUGCUGUAGAUACAAUUACUCUUGGUCAAUCCAUUCGAGAUGGAAAUAUCUCUGAAACAUUAGUGUCUGCUGGUGGAAAUUUCGAGCUGGGAUUUAUUUCAGGUACUAAUGGAAGGAGAUAUCUCGGAAUUUGGUUUAAGAAAAUUCCAAUUUCGAAUGUUGUUUGGAUUGCCAAUCGAAAAGCUCCUAUAUCGAAUUCUUCUGGUGUUCUGCAGCUCACCAACAACUCUGUUCUCAUACUUUCCAAUGGUUCAGGAGGAGGAGUCUUAUGGUCUACUAAUACAACAAGAUCAGUAAGGAAUCCAAUUGCACAGAUUUUAGAUGAUGGAAAUUUUGUUGUAAGAGAUCGAAAUGAUGACAGCCCUGAUAAUUUUUUAUGGCAAAGUUUUGACUAUCCUUGUGAUACUAUGCUGCCUGGAAUGAAGUUGGGAAGGGAUGUUGUUACCGGGUUUGAUCGGUUUCUAACAGCAUGGAAAAGUAGUGUGGAUCCUUCUCCAGGGAGCUAUACAUAUCAAAUGGAUCCCCAUGGAUACCCACAGCCAUUUGUUUUUAAAGAUUCUUCUAUUGAGCUGUUCCGAGAUGGUCCGUGGAAUGGUUACUGGUUCUCUGGGACCCCUUUGUUACCAGAUGACACCAGGGCUGAGUUCUUCUUGAAUGACAAAGAGAUGUACUUUACCUAUGAAACGGGUGACGUCCCUACUAGGAGGACUUUGGAUAUAAAUGGCAACAUUUUGCGUCUUAAUUGGAAUAAUGUUACUAAUACUUGGGAAACAUAUCAUACAAAACCAAAUGAUAAGUGUGACCAUUAUGCAGUCUGUGGCGAAUUUGGUAUAUGUAGUCUUGUAACUUCUGUUCAAUGUCACUGUCUGAAAGGGUUUGUGCCAAAGUCCCACAUUGAUUGGUAUGAUAGGGAGCAGUUUAGGGAUGGAUGUGUUCGCAGUGGCCCAUUAAACUGCAGCAUUAACAAUGGGUUUAUAAAGUAUUCUGAUGUCAAACUGCCUGAUACAAGAUCUGCUUGGUAUAAUACAACAAUGACACUGAAGGAAUGCAAGUUUAAAUGCUUGCAGAACUGCUCCUGUACAGCUUAUGCAUCUUUAAACCUCAAAGAUAAAGAAAGCGGCUGCUUGCUUUGGUUUGGUGCUUUAAUGGAUGUAAAAGAUCUCAAUGGCCCUGGACAAGAUCUUUACUUAAGGGCGGCCUCUGACUCUGGUGAUCGGAAAAAAGUAAUUUGGAUAGCAAUAGGCUCCAGUUUGUUGGCUGUCCUACUUAUAUGUGGCACAAUGAUCUUUGUUCUACGGAAGAAAAGGAUGAAAGAGAGGAAACGAAGAUUCUUUAAAACAAGAAAAGUUAAAAAAGACAGCAACAACAACAACAAAGACAAAGAGAAGUCUGAGCUGCCAAUAUUUGCCUUCAGUGUCGUAGAGCAAGCUACCAAUUCCUUCUCACAAAAAAGCAAGCUUGGAGAAGGCGGCUUUGGACCUGUCUACAAGGGAUUGUUGGGUACUGGAGAAGAAAUAGCAGUGAAAAGGCUUUCAAGAAAAUCAAAACAAGGAUUGAAUGAAUUUAAGAAUGAGGCCUUAUUUAUUGCUAGGCUUCAGCAUCGCAAUCUUGUGAGACUUAUCGGAUGCUGUGUUGAAGCAGAAGAAAGGAUUUUAAUCUAUGAAUACAUGCCCAAUAAAAGCUUGGACCGCUUCAUAUUUGGUGAAACGAGCAAAUCCAUAUUGGAUUGGACAAAGCGUUUUGAGAUAAUCAAGGGGAUUGCUCGUGGUCUACUUUAUCUUCACGAAGACUCUAGAUUGAGAAUUGUUCAUCGAGAUCUUAAGGCAAGCAAUGUAUUACUUGAUUUUGAGAUGAACCCCAAAAUUUCAGAUUUUGGCCUUGCUAGAAGUUUUGAUGGAAAUGAUUGUGAAGCAAUGACCACGAGUGUAGUCGGAACAUACGGUUAUAUGCCUCCUGAAUACGUUAUUGAUGGGGUAUUUUCAGUGAAAUCUGAUGUCUACAGCUUUGGAGUUUUGGUACUGGAGAUUCUUUCUGGCAAGAGAAAUAGAGGUUUUAAUCAUUCGGAUCACCAACACAAUCUUGUUGGACAUACUUGGAUGCUUUUCAGAGACAACAAGACUUUGGACAUUGUGGAACCAUUAAUCCGGAACCCAAAAUUCGAAUAUGAAAUGCGACGAGCGAUACAUUUAGGCUUGUUGUGCGUUCAACAGCAUCCAGAAGAUAGGCCAAGCAUGUCUUUUGUUACAGCCAUGUUAAGUGGAGAUAGCAAAUUGCCUGAACCUAAAGAACCUGGCUUUUACUUUGAAAGGAUUAUGCCGCAAUAUUCUGUUUCAAGCACCCCUCAUUCAAGCACUCAUAAUGAAAUUACUAUGACUUUGUUUUCUGGAAGGUAGAGUUAAUCUUAAUCAUAAUCUUGUUGUUAAGCCAGAGUGACCCUGCUAAAUACUUGGGUUUUUUUACUGGUUAUUUAUGCUUCGAGAAAUUAAUUAUGUAUAAAUGUGUGAUAUUAAUGACUUACGAUACAGUUGAUUGCUCAAGAGCUUAGAUAGGAUAUAAAAUGUAUAGAUUUCUACCAUAAUACUUAGUAUUUCAAGAUGGCUCAUGCACAAUUUAUCCACCUUAAACAUAUCACAUUUUGUCCUAGCUCAACUGUUCCUGGUGGGUAAAAAUUUGGGUCCAUUAGUUUUAACUGUUUUUUAUUUUUUAUUUUGUUUUAUUUUUUCUUUUAAUUUCAAAAGCCGACAACACUGAGGUUGAUAUAUCCUAAAAGAUUAGGGAUUUAAUCAUUGACAAAUAACUAUUGAUCAGAAAUUGGUCUGAUAUUCAUUUGACAGAAAUUGACGGGCAAGAUGGUAUUUAAAGUAGUUUAUCAGAGGCAAAAAACGGGUUGAUUAUGAUAAGUUGAUGAUAAUAAAAAGAUUCAAGAGUUUUUUAAACGGAAGGCCGGUGGCAAACUGGCAAUCAUACCUCCAGUCGACAAAAUGCUUGUUCUGACCUUAGUAGUAAGAUAGGACUAUAAUAAGGAGAGAAUGAUCAUUGUUUUAUCAACACAAACUUCAUGAAAGGUUUGAAAGCUGGUUUGGUAUAUUAAUUA